AUGCACCGCGUCGGGAAGACGUUCGUCAAGACGACGAAGCGCGGGCAGGCGGUGACCAAGGUGCGACGGGAGCGGUACCUGCGCGACGACGUGUACGUCGGAUGCGGGGACGCCGCCGUCGAGGCGCGCGAGCGAACGAUCGCGCUGAUCGAUUCGAACGUCGCGCUGCAUCAGAUGGACGCGCUGGCGGACGCGAGGGUGACGGAUGUGGUGAUUUGCGCGACGGUGAUGGAGGAGACGCGAAACAAGUCGCGGACGUCGUACGAGCGGUUACGAGGAUUGUGUAAGGAUAAAGAGAAGCGGUUUUACGUGUUUAGUAAUGAGAAUCACGCGGAGACGUACGCGGAAGACGUCGCGGGGGAGUCGGCGAACGAUCGGAACGAUCGAGCGAUACGCAAGGCGGCGGCGUUUUAUCGCCGAGCGAUUCCGCGCGCGGCGUGCGAACGCGUGACGCUCGUGACGAAUGAUCGAGGAAACGCGAGAAAGGCGCGAGAGGAGAAUAUAGACGUGAUGAGCGUGAUUGAAUGGAUACAGUCGAUCUCAAACGACGCGAGCUUGGUGGAUUUGGUCGUCCCGGGCGGAGGGGCGGAGAUUCCCGAGGACGAACGCGACGCCAAGCGAGCGAAGAGCGGCGGCGGCGCGAGCGCGAGCGUUUUCGAGGCGUAUCUCGACGCGAAUGACAUCAAGGAAGGUUUAGCGAGUGGAAAAUUGAUCAAAGGCGGCGUUCGAACGUCUAGAUAUAACCCUUUUGAGGCGCACGUGAUGAAUGAAGGUACCGGAGAAGGCGUACUGCUGAGCGGACGCGCGGCGAUGAAUCGCGCCAUCGACGGCGACUUGGUCGCCGUGGAAAUCUUGCCCGAAUCCCAAUGGAUUCGUCCGGGUGGUAUGAUCAUCACCGGUACCGCAGAAGAAGACAAAGAGACGUCCUCCGCGGACGUCGACGCGAAGGACGACGCCGGCGGACUGGCGCCGGAGACUGCGGAUGAAACGGACGUCGCUGUCGCGGCGACGAAGGCGUCGGGCGUCGUUCCCACGGGAAAAGUUGUAGGUAUCAUUCGGCGCAACUGGCGCGAACGCGGUUAUGCGGCGUCGGUCGACAUGGGAAGAGACGGCAAAGGUCCAACCGCAGCCGGUGGCGGCUUCGCAUCGCGCGUCUUGUGCGUGCCGAGCGAUAGACGAUUUCCAAAGAUUCGCAUCCAGACGCGCCAACUCGAAGGCUUGCUUGACCAGCGCAUCGUCGUCGUCAUCGACGAUUGGCCCGCGGAUAGCAUGUACCCCGAAGGGCACUACGUCAAGUCGCUCGGAUUGAUCGGUAGCGUCGAUGCCGAAACACAGGCACUUCUGCUCGAAAACGACGUUGACGAUCGACCGUUCGCGCCGGCGGUGUACGCGUGCGUGCCCGCCUUGCCGUGGAAAGUCACCGACGACCAUCUCGCCGAACCCGGUCGCGAGGACUUGCGCGAUUUAUUGGUGUGCAGCGUCGAUCCUCCGGGGUGUAAAGACAUCGACGAUGCGCUGAGCGCGCGCGAUAUCGACGACGAGCGCAUUGAAAUCGGCGUGCACAUCGCUGACGUGACGUCGUUUCUGUUCCCAGACACCGCCAUGGACGAAGAGGCGGCGCGUCGAGGGACGACGACGUACUUGGUGCAACGCCGUUUGGACAUGCUUCCGGGAGCGCUGACGACGGACAUAUGCUCUUUGGUUGGAGGUCAAGAGCGCUUGGCGUUUUCGGCGUUUUGGAUCGUGCAAAAGUCCACGAUGCUUCCGGAUGAAACCGUCAAACCACGAUUUACGAAGAGCGUCAUCAAGAGCGCGGCGGCGUUGACGUACGAGCAAGCGCAGACGCGAAUCGACGAUGCAUCUUUGAACGAUGAUUUGACGCUCAGCUUGAGGCGACUUCGUGAUGUCGCAAGACAGCUACGCAAGCGGCGCAUGGCGAACGGCGCGCUGACAUUGGCUUCGCCCGAGGUGCGAUUCGAGAUGGAUCAGCAGUCGAGCGAUCCGCUCGACGUGGGCAUGUACGUCACGCGCGAGACGAAUCAAAUGGUUGAAGAAAUGAUGUUGUUAGCCAACGUCAGCACCGCGGAGCGUAUUUUGCAAGCAUAUCCCGCGGCGGCGAUGUUACGCCGUCACCCGAUUCCCGAGCAGAAAAUGUUUGAGCCCUUACUCAAGGCGGCCAAGGCGUGCGGCGUGGACAUUGACACGCAAUCCAACCGCACGCUCGCGGCGAGUCUAGACGCCGCCGUGCGACCGGAAGACGCGUAUUUCAACACGCUAUUGCGCUUACAAGCGACGCGGUGCAUGUCACAGGCGGUGUACUGCAGCUCGGGCCAAUACGCUGGACCAGAGCGCAUGCACUACGGUCUCGCCAUGCCGUUGUACACGCACUUUACGUCGCCGAUUCGUCGGUACGCCGACGUAAUCGUACACAGAUUACUGAGUGCGGCGAUCGGGCUGUGUCCUCGUCACAAGUCGUUGGAGGACUCCGAUCACGUCAAAUCCGUCGCAGACGUCUGCAACGUGCGUCAUCGCAAUUCUCAGCAAGCCGGUCGCGCGUCCGUAGAGUUACACACCUUGGUGUUUUUCCGCAAGCGCAAAAUUGUCGCCGACGCGCGCGUCUUCAAAGUGCGCGCAAACGGACUCGUGGUUUUUGUCCCAAAGUUUGGCAUCGAAGGACCUGUGCUCUUCGUCGAGGGCGAAAAUAGCGACACCGCGACUUGUACGCUCGACGAAGACGCUAUGACGGUGACGCACAAAGGAAAGACGUGGAAAGUUUUCGACCGGCUCACCGUGCGAGUGGAGGUCGAACAACUCCCUGCGCAUCGGAGUCGUUUGCUCAUCACCAUCGUUCCUGACGACACUCCGCGCGGGGAGAUCGCGAGCGCGUGA